AUGUUGCCUUGCGAUAAAUGUGGUCUACCAAAAGAAAAACUAUCGUAUACGGUAAAAACGGUCUAUCGAACUUCAGAUGAAAUGUGAGUUUGUUAUUAUGAAUUAUUCAAAUAAUUAUUUUAUUUUUAGAUUUCCGGUGACAUUUGGAUCUAUGAACACAACUCAUUUUGAAUCGGCGGAUAAAGUUGCAAAAUAUCAUUGUAAUUGUAAAUAUUUGUGGUUGAGAGAAUUACACGGAGUUUCAGCAUUUAUGAUGGUAAGUGCCCUUCAUGAUAUACAGUGACACGUCAUAACCGACUUUUUCAGUCCAACUCAUUGAAGGAGAAAAUAUUUUGGGCGUGUAUAAUAAUCGGUUGUGCUUCAUAUUCGAUUUAUAACACAAAAAGUAUUUUGGAUGAAUAUGGUCAACAUGCAACAACAACUUUGAUCACAAUUCUGCCAGUCAAGAAAUUGAAGUUUCCAACAAUGGUUUUUUGCCCGAGAUAUCCGGAUUUUUUGAAUUACUAUAAUAUUCUAUCAGAUAUGUAUCAACAUUUAGGAUAUAUGGAAAACUCGACGAAUUUUGAUGUAUUACGCUUUGCUAUCACUGGAUUUGGAAUUGAUAAUGCUGGAAGCGAAUUUUUCAAUGAGACUUAUCAGUGAGCAUUUUUUCUAGAGCAUUUUUAAAUUCCUGCCUGAUGUGUUUUAGAGCUCAAAUGAAUGACUAUUAUUUGAAAUGGAAAGGAAAUCGGAGCCAAUUUGAGAUGUUUGAUUUUGUGUACAAUCAGAAUGGAUACACUUGCCAGGAUGUGAGUUCCAGAGAUUUUUACAAAUGAUGCUUCAACAUCUAAAAUCUUUUCCAAAUCUUCGCAUACGAGAUUGUUUUGUAGAUGUUUCAAACUUGUUACGGUGGAAUGAACACUUAUAAUUGCUGUGAUAUUUUCGAACCAACCUAUGUUAUGAUACGUGGAAGAUGUUUCCGAUUAAUCGAUUCCUAUUAUCAAAAUGAUACCGAUGAAGUUGCCAAAGUUUCAAUUUAUUUCAAUAAUAUGACAAGUCCGAUUCUCAAUACUGGAAUACCGGUACGAAAAUUUCAUUUAAAAAUACCCGAAUAAAUAUAUCAAUAAAUCAUAAUUUCAGCCUCAAUUGGUGAUGUAUAAUGGUGAUUCAAAUACAGAAGUUUCAAUUUAUCCUAGAAUAUAUUUGAAUAGUCACGAUUGGAAUCGUAUUCGAUAUUCACAAAAAGUUAUGAAAUUAUUACCUGAUAGCACGAGAUGUUCAACAGAUCGAAUUUAUCAAGGAAAAUUCACAUGUUUCGUUUAUAAAUGGUUGAUGCAAUUGGUGACAAUGUUCAAUUGUACAGUACCAUAUUAUAAAUAUCAAUUGCCAUAUUUAGCUGAUGUUGAUAUUUGCGAAGCUUCUUUGAUCGUUGCCAAUUUUCAUAAUAUUAGUCUAACUCCAGCUACAAUUGGUUAUAAAUGUAUUCCGGCUUGUUCAAGAAUUGAGAAUUCAGUGCAAUUAACAUCGAGUAUUGAUGUCGACCCAGAUCAGAGUUAUAUGUUCAGACUUGAAGCUAGUUUCACUUAUCUUGAGGUAUUGUUUUGAAAAAAGAAAACAUUAUAUCCAUUUGAUUAUAGUAUGAGCAAUAUAGAGAAAUCCGGACUACUAGCACACCUGGUUUCAUUUCCGAAUUGGGCGGACAAACUGGUUUAUUUGUUGGGUGUAGUGUGAUGACUUUGGUUCAACUUAUCAAUUCGAUAGUUAUUCAAAUUUAUAAAUUGUGAGUUUUAAUAUAUAAUGAAGUCGGAUUAUUACGCAAAUUUCAGGGUACGAAAUUCAUCAAGAAAACAUGGUUGGAGUGUAUUUUUCGGACUUUUCACAACUCACCAUACCGAACCAUUUGAUAAAUUUUAUCCCCGGCCGAUUCCGGAAAAUUAUAUUGAACACUUGGAAACUAUACCAGAGGAGGAUGAUCGAUUUGAUGCUGAUGGAACACUUUUCAACGAUGCACUGCCUCCCCAAAUCUACGUGUGUGUGGAAAAACGAAAAAUGUCUGGCACGCUCUCACAAACACACACUCUCUCGCACACAACUUUUUACUUUUAUUUCGCGAAAACAGUGCAUAUUAGGAGCUGAUUUUUAUGUUUUUUUCAUCAGAACCACAAUAUGUGUUAUACAUAGUUCGAAAGAGAAUUUCUUCGGCUACAAACACAUAUGAAAUGUUAUAAAUGAAACCGAGAUAAAAAAAUAAAAAUUUCAUGCAAACAUGACAUGGUUUUUUUGAAUUGUGUGAAAAACCCAUGUGUUUUUUGAUGACCUGGCUCAUUUUUUUAAUAUCGAAUAUAUGUAUAAUCGAGUCGUAGUUUUGUUCAGAAUCUCAAGAGCUUUCAGAUGGUAUAAAUCAAUAUUUAUGAAAUUGUGAAAUCAUGGAGGAGUAGGGAUUUUUCGUUUGUCAAUUUUUAAAACGAAAUUUUCCUUUUCAUUUGAAAGGAACUCGAAUGAAGUUUACAUACGUUUUGUAGAGAAUUUCUCGGGCUUCAAAAUCAUAUAUAUUUCUAUACACAAAAAUGAAAAUUGAAAGCACCGCUUUCGGUUGAAAACUUGUUGGGUUUGCACCAAACAAACAAACCGCGUUCAGUAGCGUUGCGAAAAACAGCGGUGAGUUUUCAACCGAAAGCGGUGCUUUCAAUUUCCAUUUUUGUGUAUAGAAAUAUAUAUGAUUUUGAAGCCCGAGAAAUUAUCUUCAAAACGUAUGUGAACUUCAUUCGAGUUCCUUUCAAAUGAAAAUGAAAAUUUCGUUUUAAAAAUUCACAAACGAAAAUCCCUACUCCUCCAUGAUUUCACAAUUUCAUAAAUAUUGAUUUAUACCAUCUGAAAGCCCUUGAGAUUCUGAACAAAACUACGACUCGAUUAUACAUAUAUUCGAUAUUAAAAAAUGAGCCAGGUCAUCAAAAAACACAUGGGUUUUUCACACAAUUCAAAAAAACCAUGUCAUGUUUGCAUGAAAUUUUUAUUUUUUUAUCUCGGUUUCAUUUAUAACAUUUCAUAUGUGUUUGUAGCCGAAGAAAUUCUCUUUCGAACUAUGUAUAACACAUAUUGUGGUUCUGAUGAAAAACACAUAAAAAUCAGCUCCUAAUAUGCACUGUUUUCGCGAAAUAAAAGUAAAAAGUUGUGUGCGAGAGAGUGUGUGUUUGCGAGAGCGUGCCAGACAUUUUUCGUUUUUCCACACACACGUAGAUUUGGGGAGGCAGUGCGAUGGAGAUGAAGAUGAGGUUGGGGAUUUUGAAAGCAUUGAAUUAAGUAUUCUGGGGACUCCGGUUGAAGAAACACCAUCUUCGAUUUCUCUAGAAGAGGAACUUCCUUCCUCGAUAUUUUCUUCUGAAGAAUAUCCGAGAUUUCAACUCGAAACAAUGUCUGAAAUAAGUUCUGAACCACAUGAUACAGUUUCGGAAGAUCCUGAAAAUGUUAGAACUGCAAAAUAUGUUAUGAUCAAAGUUCGCGACCCCGAAGGUGGUUUCGAAUGA